CAAUCCAAGUCCUGGGCACUGUCAAAUGGUUCAACGUCCGGAAUGGUUACGGCUUCAUCAACAGGAAUGACACCAAGGAAGAUGUCUUUGUACACCAGACAGCUAUAAAAAGAAACAACCCCAGGAAAUUUCUGCGCAGCGUUGGCGAUGGGGAGACUGUGGAGUUUGAUGUCGUGGAAGGAGAGAAGGGUGCAGAAGCUGCCAACGUAACUGGGCCCGGAGGGGUGCCAGUGAAGGGUAGCCGCUAUGCCCCCAAUCGACGUAGGUUCCGCCGAUUCAUCCCCCGGCCUCGCCCAGCUGCCCCACCACCCAUGGUGGCAGAGGCUCCCUCUGGUGGGACAGAACCGGGCAGUGAAGGAGAGCGAGCUGAGGACUCCGGGCAGCGGCCCAGACGACGGCGCCCACCACCUUUCUUCUAUCGACGGCGGUUUGUGCGAGGUCCCCGGCCCCCCAACCAGCAGCAGCCCAUAGAGGCCUUUGUACAUUUCCAGGGCACUGAUGGGGUAGACCCCAAAGAGACAGCCCCACUGGAGGGGGACCAACAGCAGGGAGAUGACCGGGUGCCCCCACCCAGAUUCCGGCCCAGGUACCGAAGGGUCCCUAUGUCCCCUAGGCCUUUCCGCCCCAGGCCACCCCAACAGCCUACCACAGAAGGUGGGGAUGGUGAGACCAAGGCCAGCCAAGGCCCCACCGAUGGUUCCCGGCCUGAGCCCCAGCGCCCAAGAAACCGCCCCUACUUCCAGCGGCGACGGCAGCAGCCUCCUGGCCCCCGGCAGCCCACAGCCCCAGAGACCUCAGCCCCCAUCAACAGUGGGGACCCGACCACCACCAUACUGGAGUGAUUCCAACUCAAAGGACACCCAGAGCUGCCAUCUGGUAUCUGCCAGUUUUUCCAACUGACCUACCCAGCACCCUCCUCUGCCCCCUUUCCAUAAUUCAUGUCAUCAAAAUACUGGCUUUCCCCCUUUUCUUUGAGACUCAGGAGGGCUAAAGCAAAAGCCUUUUGCUUUUGCUUUUUUCUUUUCCCUCUCCCCUACCAAGGGCUAAAGGAAAGGACCCGUCCUUAUUGUUCAGAGGCGUGAACUCCCACCCUAAGUCAGGCUGAGAAGGAACCAGCCAGCUCUUAUCUCCUGGUUGUUUUUCCCACUCCAGUUUAUUUUUUGUUUCCUCUUGACCCCUACCUCUGAAGCCAUUUAAUGAACUGUCAUGUGCCACCUGAGCCUCCAGUAAAAACAAAAACGGGC